AUGUAUAUGUGCUAUACACUAUAUUGCCAAAAGUAUUGGGAAACCCUCCAAAUCAUUGGAUUCAGGUGUUCCAAUUACCUCCAUGACUACAGAAGUAUGCAAACUGCUUCUACAAACAUUUGUGAAAGAAUGGGUUGCUCUCAGGAGCUCACUGAAUUCAAGUGUGGUACUGUGAUAGGUUGCUACCUGUGCAAUAAGUCCAUCUGUGAAAUUUCCUUGCUACUAAAUAUUCCACGGUCAACUGUUAGGGGUUAAGUGGAAGCAACUGGGAAUAACAGCAACUCAGCCACAAAGUGGUAGGCCACAUAAAAUGACAGAGCGGGGUCAGCUCACGUUGAAGCACACAGUGCGCAGAAGUCGCCAACUGUCUUCAGAGUCAAUAGCUAAAGGCCUCCAAACUUCGUGUGGCCUUCAGAUUAGCACAACAACAGUGCGUAGAGAGCUUCAUGGAAUGGCCUUCAUUCAAUGGCUGAGCAGUUGCAUCCAAGCUUUACAUUACAAGUGCAAUGUAAAGCGUCAGAUACAGUGGUGUGUAAAGCACGCCACCACUGGACUCCAG